AUGGCGGGCUUUUUCUCAUCGAGGACUUGUUUCGAAAAAAAUGAUAGUAAAAACGUGAUCAUCGUGUCUAAAUUGGAAAAGUUGUUCACUAAAAGCUCCAUAUAUCGUAGCGACAACAAAACCAGAAAACCUAUUGUAUUCGACACUAGUUCUACGCCUUCGGAAAGUGUUGAACGUGGAUCGAAAGGCUUUCAAAACCAUAGAAGGAUUACUGUUAUUCCUAACACGGCACAAGCAAUGUUUCCGGCUCGGAGAGGUUCUAGAGCGAUAGCUAAGAGGAUAACCUUGGCUCGGCCCAACGAAGAUAACUUUGACUCCAAUGAUUCAUUGUCUGAAUUUUCAGUAAGUAAAAGUUCUCUCGAUAGUUCUCAAUCUGAUAACGAACACCCGAUUAGAAAAAGAGCUUUAGUUGACUCAAGACUCUUGAGUGUGGCCCUGAAGCCGAUCUCUGGUGAACGAAAGACUGGCAAGCUUCCACACACAUUUGCUACUACACGGAAGCUUCUGAUCAAAAAUGACGAUACCGAGAAAAACAUUGAAAAACUAUCUUCAUCUCGAUGUGUUGCUACUACAACAGCUGUAAGUCCUGUGCUGGGCUCGGGCAACAGGAAGCACCCACGAAUAACAAGUUGUAAAUCUUUGCAGAAAAGUGAUGAGUCAUUAGGAAAAAAAAAUAAACGUUUUCAACGAACAGGUUGCUGCGAGAAUGAAUUAAAAAGUGUUUCAACAGCUAAGCAGGACUCGAGAGAAAAAUCUGAGGAGCUUCUUGAAAAGUUGAACUUAUGCGUUCCAUUCUACCGUUUCUAUCAAUUGAAGAAUGACAACGAGCAAAUGGUUCUUCGAGCCAGCAAAUUCUAUGACAGCCAUUGCCAUUUAGAUUAUAUUUUCAACAAACUGAAAAAAGUUUCAGGAAAUCUGAAUUAUUGGAAAAAGAAAUACCCGGAAGCUUUCCCCGAUGGCUUUGGAGGUUGUUUUCCUAAUUUCAUCGAUCCCGAACUGUUUGUCGAGAGUUUGAAAUCUGAUACUUAUGACAUUGAGUGGAUUAAAAGUGAAAUACAGAAUCCAUUGGUUGUAGGAUGUGCUUUCGGAUGUCAUCCAAGAUUUGCCAGUAUGUGCACCGAAGAGUUUAUACGAACUAUCGAGUUGUUUUGUGAAGAUUUUGGUACUUAUAAAGUAAAGGCAAUAGGGGAAUGUGGACUUGAUUUUUACAGAUCAACUGAAUCGUUCGCAGAUCAAGUAAAGGCGUUGCAACGUCAAAUCCUGGUAGCUGUGCGAUUUAACCUCCCCCUGGUGAUACACUGCAGAUCUGGAAGUGUAGAUGCUGAGGAACCUUGCUUGAGAGUAUUAGCCUCCGAAAAGAGCUUAUCGCGGUUUCACAACAUCCAUAGACACUGUUUCACCGGCAGCUGGGAGACUGCCCAAAAGUGGAUGUCUUAUUUUCCCAAUAUAUAUUUUGGAUAUACUAGUGGCUGUUGUAAUUUCGGUGCCAAGAGCGAAGAAAUGGAAGCUCUAAGAAAAAUUCCAUUGGAACGGAUUUUGCUCGAAACAGACGCUCCGUACUUCAAGCCUCAAUCAUUUUCUAAUGUUCAAACGGGUUCUGUUGCUUUACCAGGAAUGGCAAUAUCUGUUGCUGAAUUUCUGGCGAUGGAAAGAGGCUUAUCUGUAGAUGCAGUUAUUCAACAAACAACUAGAAACUUUGCUAGGAUGUAUGUCUUUAAAAUUGAAGAACAAUGA